GAGAAUCCCUUCGGUGCCCUCGGGGCUCGGUUGUGAGCUUCCACAACAUCCAGUACACCAUCAAACAGUCCCACGGGCCCCUCUGCAAAUGGACAACGGUGGAGAAGAAGGUUCUCCACAAUGUGUGUGGCAUUAUGAAGCCGGGUUUGAAUGCUAUCCUGGGACCAACAGGGAGCGGCAAAUCCUCGAUGACGUGGUUAUGGGCACACUGACGGUGAGGGAGAAUCUACUCUUCUCUGCAGCCCUGCGCCUCCCCAGCUCCAUCAGCUUUAAAGAAAAGGAAGAGCGGGUCAGCCAGAUAAUCACUGAGCUGGGGCUCAGCAAAGUAGCUGAUGCUAAGGUAGGAACAGAACUAAUCCGAGGGGUGUCAGGUGGAGAGCGGAAGAGAACCAACAUCGGCAUGGAGCUCAUCACGGAGCCCCCAGUCCUAUUCCUGGACGAACCCACCACUGGCCUGGAUGCCAGCACAGCCAACGCAGUGCUCAUCCUCCUGAAGAGGCUUUCGAGAAGAGGUCGGACCAUCAUUUUCUCUAUCCACCAGCCCCGCUAUUCCAUCUUCAAGCUCUUCGACAGCCUGAUGUUGUUGGCUUUGGGAAAGGUGCUUUAUCAUGGUCUGGCUAAGCAAGCCCUGACAUAUUUUAAUUCUAUCGGGUAUCAAUGUGAGCCCUUCAACAACCCGGCUGACUUCUUCCUUGAUGUGAUAAACGGUGACUCCACCGCCGUGGCGGCAAGCAAAGGUGAUCAGAGAAGCCUGGACAAUGGAGGGACUGGAGGAGGGGUAAUCGGUGAUGAAGAGCAGAAUGUGGACAAGAGUGUGGUGGAAACUCUGCACCAGCUGUACCUGAACUCCAGCCAGUAUCGGGACACAGAAGAAGAGCUGAAGAAAGUGGAGCUCAGACAGCAGAAUGAGCAGGGGAAGUCAAGGCGCGUGAAUGAGGUCACAUAUGCAAAUGGCUUCUUCACUCAGCUCUACUGGGUGUCCAAACGUGCUGUCAAAAACCUCAUCAGGAACCCCCAGGCAUCUGUGGCACAGAUCGCAGUGACCACCCUCCUAGCCUUGGUUGUGGGGGCCAUCUUUUUUGGAGUAAAACUAGACCAAAGUGGCAUUCAGAAUCGGGUUGGAUCCUUGUUUUUUGUAACCACAAACCAGUGCUUUUCCAGCGUAUCAGCGAUCGAGCUGUUUAUAAAGGACAAGAAAUUGUUUGUCCAUCAGUACACCAGUGGGUACUAUCGAGUGUCAGCAUACUUCUUUGCCUUGAUCUUUGGAGACCUUUUGCCCAUGAGAACUCUUCCAGGCAUUAUCUUUUCAUGCAUAAGUUACUGGAUGAUUGGCUAUCAGGCAGUAGCAGGACGGUUCUUUUUCUUCAUGCUGACACUGGUACUAGUAUCCUAUACAGCCACGGCCAUGUCUCUGGCUAUCAGCGCUGGGAUGGAUGUGGUGGCCAUUGCCAAUCUGUUUAUCACUAUUUGCUUUGUCUUCAUGCUUAUCUUUUCUGGCCUGUUGGUGAACCUUCCUUCUGUGAUGGGAUGGUUGAACUGGCUCAAAUACUUCAGCAUCCCCAGAUACGGCCUCACGGCCCUGCAAGUCAAUGAAUUUAGAGACCUUUACUUCUGUGGUGAGAACCCCCAGAAUAUCGCUGCAUCCCACAGGGAUGCAGCUGAUUGCUCCUCAAAUGCUACACAAUUUGGAGAAACGUGUUAUGGUGAAACAUAUCUGUGCAGCCAAGGGAUUGCAUCGACCAACUGGGCCAUGUGGGAAAACAUAGUGGCUCUGGGCUGCAUGACUGCCAUCUUCCUCUUGAUAGCCUAUGGGAAACUCCGAUUCAUGAAGAAGUUCACCUAGCCUCGCCGUCACUUUACUCUGUGACUUACCUCAGGACUUGGAACUGCAAAGUUUGUCAGGCCCAUGUCAUUGAAGACCAAUGAAAGAUUAAGUGGGCAUCGGCUCGAGCCCAGCGUACAAAAUGUGGCCAUUUGUCAGGCGCAGGGAAUAUCUAUUAUGUGAUCAUGAGCAACAUUUUUUACCUUGUCUAUAGUUACAUUGCUGGCUAUUUUAUUGUAAGGAAUUGUUAGACUAUCAUGUUCUCUUACACACUUCUGUAAAAGUGCACUCUAAUUUAUAUAACUUCAUUAUUCUGUGGCCACUGUCUACAGUAUCUCAGGAAAACAUAUUUAAACAUACAUUAAUAUAAACCAGAUUUAAUUUUGGCAAUCACCUUUAUUCUGUCCAUCAUUGGUAUAUAAUGACUGUUUUUCUGCACUGGUAUUGGGUUUUUACUAGUGCCUACUAUUGGAUCAAAAUAGAGGCCUGUUCUAUGAGGCACUUCAAGGUUUAAGACUAGAAAACAUUUUGAAUUGCCUUACUUUGCAAACUGGUCAUGGUGCAAAUUUUAUUUCUAGUAGCACCAUAACAUGAGAAGCUUUCCCCCAUACCAAAAUCAGCUCUCCUCUCACAAGGUAAAGAAGAAAGAUCAGCUAUGUAGGACCUGCCAAACACAAACAGGCUCAUGGUCCACUAAUGUGGUCUUUCUCAACCUGUGGGUCUCAACCUCAGAGGGGUGCAGAGCAGGCUGUGGAAUUUAACAUUGCAGAAUUGGAAUUUUUCAAUAAUAAACAAAUGUUAUGUCUAAUUCUAUACAUAUAGUGAUUGGCUGCAACCAGUAAGUCAUAUACACCAAAGGUUACCAUAACAGCACUGAAGAUUCUGCAGUUAUUUCUUAUUCUGAGUAUAGGGAAAGAGUGCAAAUACAAAUUGCUGGUACGAACUAACACGGCUACCACUCUGAAACCAGUGCAAAAUCUGAUACCUCUGUGUGAUACACUGGUAAAUGUAAAAAGAACAAGGAGUACUUGAGGCACCUUAGAGACUAACAAAUUUAUUUGGGCAUAAGCUUUUGUGGGCUAAAGCCCACUUCAUCGGAUGCCCGCAAUGGAAAAUACUGUAUUUUUCCACAUGCAUCCGAUGAAGUGGGUUUUAGCCCACAAAAGCUUAUGCCCAAACAAAUGCGCUAGUCUCUAAGGUGCCACAAGUACUCUUCAUUCUUUUUGCUGAUGCAGACUAACACAGCUACCACUCUGAAAUUGAUAAAUGUUUAUUUUAUAGAGGGAACCACUGUCUCAGAGUGUAUCUUCAUGCCGCGUUAGCUUAAGUUAACUCCUCUCAAGUGAGCCUAGCUCCAGUGGAGCAGACACACUGCCAAAAAACACUUGAGCCGCACAGUAUGAUUAAGUUAGCAGCACAGAGAAGCUGCAUUACUAGCUCCAAUGCCAGCAGCAGUGGAGCUUCAACCUACCCCCUGAUGGGCCAAGCUAGCUUGAGUAUAAAGCACCACUUCACUCAACCUACAGACUUUUGUGUGUA